AUGGCCGGAUUCUUUAAGCAGUUACGACUUCUUCUUUGGAAAAAUGCCCUGAGCGUGAUCAGGCAGCCGGGCUGGUCUCUGGUCCUCUUAAUCUGGCCGGUGGUGAUUUUUAUCAUCCUGGCCGUCACUCGCUCACAAUUUCCACCCAAACUCAAAUACACGUGCUAUGUGGGACCGCGGAACCUUCCGAGCGCAGGUUUCUUCCCGUUCCUGCAGACGCUCAUGUGCAAAACGGACAGCACCUGCUACAACAAGUCCUUCCUUGCCAGCUCCAGACAAUAUUCCAGAGCUUAUAACACGUGGAGGAUCCCACGAUCACUCCGGGACACCGAAUCCCAGAGCCCAUCAUGGUCGUUUCAUGGUUUACCCCCUCUAGAGGAGCUGCGGGCGGCCGGCCUAGUGCACGAGGUUUCAAAACGAGACACGUCCAACCAGUCACAGAUCCUGCAGCAAUGGGAUAAAGUGCUCAAUUCCAGCGUUCAGGUCUCAUCGAACAUCUCCUCCUCCAUCAUGAACGCUUUCAACGAGACCAUACAGGCCGAUCAGGACACGUUGAGCUCCAUCCUGGACUCUGCCAGUACCCUGAAAGAGGCCGUUUGUGGUCUGUCCAUGUCGGCCAUCAACAUGUCAGGACUGCAGGGAUCUGAAAGAAUAACCUCGGGUCUGACCCGGUUCUGCACUUCUAACGACCCGGCGCUGGAAAUUUCCCUGUCGACACUUAAUCAGAUGAUGGUUCAGGUGCUGCUUCAGGAUCCCCAGAAAGCCAUCGAGAAGUUGGAAAUGGCUGUGGGAACCAUAAUCCAGCUCCAGAAGCAGACGUCGCUCUGGGACUUCCUCCUGGGUCUGCCAGACAUCUUCCUGAAGUCCACGGAGCAGGAGAGGGCCAUGGCUGUCGCUAAUGAAAUAAUGAGGCUGAAAGGGACCCUGAUCUCUAUUCAGAGCAGCUUUAAAGAAGCGAACGUCUCUCUGGACUCGGUGAACCCGUUUAUCAACAAGAGCAUCAGUGUCCUUAACUACGCUGGUAAAUGGAAGGGAAAAAAUGUGAACAUCUCACUGUACGAUGUUCUGAAUCCACCCAAUGGGUCUGAGAUCAGCCUGGAAAUGAUGUCAAUGCUUCAGAAAAUUUAUAUUCCUCUGGAUAAGGUGUUUGUUCUGGAGAGCAGAGAAGAAUUCUCUACAUUCAUGUGCACCAACAACUCUUACUGCGACGGCGUCCAAAUCGACACGAUAUACGGCUGGAUAAGUCAGGAGAAGAUCGCUGAGCAGGUUCUCUCAGCCUGGAGUAAAUCCGCCUCCACCACAGAUCUCGCCUUCGUUAAAAGCAUGCUGGGUAAUAUCCUGGGCAAUUUUUCAGACGUCAUACCCAAUACCCUCUUCAGCAGCAUCGCCACCCAGGCACAGACGCUUCCGGAACAACUACUCCUGGGUAUCGGCAGUGGCAUGAUGGGCGUGAUGGCUGGACUCUCCGGUCAGGGUUACGUUGAUGUUUACCUGAAACAAGCUUAUGCCUUCAUGCAGACUGCCACCACUGCCAUGGAGGCUCAGCUGGCGUUUAUUAAACCUUUACUGCAGGAUGCUGAGACUCUCAUGGCGUCUUUAACACAGAAUAAAACAGCAGCAUCUAUUAACAACCAGCUGAUGGAUGUAGUUCAGGAAAUGGAGAUGAAGGUGAAUAAACUAUCCAGCGUGACUGAGGGAUCUUCGGGGAACACAGUUACUCUGUCCAUGAUGCUGCCCGAGUGGAACAGGUUAAUGACCACCGCGCAGCAGUACAGCUCCGUAAUCCAGCAGUUCGUGGGUAAGCUGCUCAACGGCGCCCCCACAGGACAGAACAACAGCAGCGCGGCCAACGGCACAGUGGACUGGUCCAAGAUCCUUCUCACCAGGGGUUUGGAGGAGUUAGCAGUGCUGGGGUCGCCGCUCCAGAACAGCAGUGAUUGGUCGGCCAUGGAGCAGUACCUCCAAAGGGCUUACUGGAUCAUGACCUUCACACCAGAUUCCAGUUCAGCACCAAACUGCACUUUCAGAACAAACGGGACUGAUUGCGAGAUGAUGGCAUUUUCAUGGGAGAAGUUCAUCUCGGUGCUCGGAUCUCUGAUCCGGGACGUCAACCAGGAUCCAGCUGCUGUGCUCAGACCCAUCCAGGGAGUGGAAGCUCUGACAGAAAACACCAUCAUGAUGUUGCUCCAGGACGUCCUACGUGGCCCAAUGCAGGCUUUUCCCGGCGGAAGACCACAAGACCUCAUGUCAGGCCUGACCGAUCUGAUCAACCAGAACAUUCAGCUUCUCCUGUCCAACGCGACCACGCCCGAUCUGAAGGAGGACGCCCUGCUGGCCAUGCUGAACAACACCCUGGAAGCCUUUGGCCUGGAGAAGCUGAGAGAACUGUGGUCAGAGAGUAAGAACGGCGUUGACCUGAACUCUCUGGUCAUGAGCAUCCUUCAGUCCGCUCAGCUGCCCGGCAACGAGGGGUAUUUCGGGGUCCUGGAUCUGGUCCUGAGGGGACUCGGGGAGGCCUUGUUACCUGAGCAGCAGAACCAAAUCGCGGGGAUUCUGAACGGCACACACGGCCUGCUGGGAGACCUGGAACGUUGUGGUGUGGACUGCCUGUCUGAACUUCCUCAGGUCCUCCAGACUCUGUCUUCGCUCAACCAAAUGAUCACCCAGAAAGCAAAGUUCAACGUCACACUACCGCUGUUCAAGAGCAAUCUGACGUUAUCCAUGGUUGGCCAUCUUCUUUCCAUUCUGCAACCGUGGAACGUGUCCGGAUCUCCUGCGUUUACCAAUGACGUCAACACGGCCUUGGGUCAUCUCCAGAAACUGUCAUCUUUACCCAGCGUCAGCAACAUGACCUUUAUUCAGGCGCUCAAAGCCUUGAAUAUGACCCUCGCUGACUUGAAGCCGCUCGCACAACUGUCCAAUAAUUCCGCCCUGUCUUCGCUUGUGUCAAACAUCAAGGAGAUCAUGAACAUCUCAGACUGUCUGAACCCAACAUCUCCCCAAGAACCCAUCGACUGCACCACGAAGCUCGUAGACGCGGCGAUCGGCUUCCUCAAGCUCGUGCCCAUGCCUCAAGGUUUCCAGAUAGACCUGCCGUCCGUCCUCAGCCUGGCGCAUGAGCAAGCCAUGCAGUACGUGAACAUGUCGAGUCUCGGGUCCAAACCCUUGAAACUCACGUACGAGGUCAUAGAAAGCACUCUGUCCAACAUCAGACAGAACCUCCAGAGUUUGGGCGUGAAGAACGUGACCUCGAUCAAAUCUGAGCUCGACGUGCUGGAAGGACUUCUGAAGCUGGCGUUCGACAAGGACUACCGGUACCCGUACUACCUGCUCAAUUCUACGCUCAUGAUGGAGCAGACGUAUGCGCAGAAGAUGUACGGUGAGAUCGCCAGCUGGUACCUUCAAAAACUGGAGAACGCUACUAACUCCAGCAUGUUCGCCGAGUUCCUCAAGCCGUUCAUUCGCACGGUGGAAAUGAUGGUCUCGACGAACGCGGCAGAGUCCAAUUUCUUCUCAAUGGCGGCCAACCAGAUCAAGAGUCUGAUCGGCAACGUUCAACCUCCUCUAGAUGGUGCAGAUCUGACUCGGAUCAGCGAUGCAGUAAUGACCCUAGUGCAGGGGGAACUGAACAUGAUGAAGAUGAGCCUUGAGAUUCAACAGGAUUAUUACAACUCCAUGGGUCUACAAGCGAACCUAACCAUCCCCACGCAGAUCGAAGGUCCGGUCACGGACUACCUCAAGUUCGCCGAAAGUUGGAUCACCAAUCCACAGCUCAAGCUCGCCCUUGGUGACGUCCUCCAAUGGAACAAUACCAACGUCACCACCGCAGGUAUGGACCUGGAGCAGCUGAUCCAGGCUGCAGCUCCUCUGCUUUCUCCCGAGGAACGUGAGUACAUCAAAAAGCUCGAGCAAGUCUCCCAGGCUCUGAACCACGCCCUGCAACUGGGCGGUACCCAGGACGGUCUACGGAGUGAGAACUUUACCCAAGCCGUCAUGGAUGCAGCCAGACUGGCGUUGGAGAAUUUCCUGAACGGUUCAGUGAUCUAUCCAACAUCUGCACCCGACCAAGCCGCAGAGGCUCUUCAGAUCUCACUGGAGCUCAUCCUGAACCAGAAUUUAAGCUACGCCCAAUCUCAGGGGCUCCUGAAACAAGCUGCACAGAGGAUGGAAGACUUCAUCCGUGCUCUGUCUCCAGAGACCGCCAAAAUGUUGACGCCCGGCAUCCAAAGCAUCGCAACUUACAUCAACAGCAUCUCACAACCUGGAGGAACAGACAACUGGAAUAAAGUUGUUGUGAGUUUGAUGGAAGGAGUUCAGGACUCACUGCCGUUUAACAGCUCAGCCCGGGAUUACGUCUCCGUCUUCCUGGAUCUCGCAAACUCCGUUCUGCGGUCCAACCAAGGUAACGUGAGUUUGUGGACUGAUCUGGUCGGAUUGAAUCCCAGGAACUUCGGCAAUGUGGCCCAGCAGCUCGGUAAAAUCAUGGACACCGUGCUACCGCUGCUCACUGAUAAUCAGGAAAUGGGUAUGACACUCAAUUCUGCACAAGCCGUAGCAAAAUCUGUCCCAGUACUUAUGGAGAUUUUCUCUGGAAGAGGCAACCAGACCACAUUUCAAGGGUUGGAGAACGUGGUGACCGGCGCCCUGUCGGGUCUGGCAUCGACACCCGUGUGGGGCACUCUGCCGUCUACACUGGGCAUGUUGAAUAACAUCACUGCUGGCAUGAUUCCGAGUGUGCGGGCUGAAACUGAUCUGAUCAACAGUCUCUCGGGGGUUCUGACGGAUAUUUUCUCUGCGGUGAACUCCAGCGACGUGCCGCUCGUCCUCCACGCCCUGCCACAGGCGCUCCGGGCCACCAUAGGGGCCGCCCUACAGUCCCCCAUGAAGGGUCAGACGGUCAACUGCAGCGAGGUCCAGAAAAUCUGGGAUCAGGUCGGCCAGGCAGCGAAGCUUAACAUCACCGUCUUCCACGACUGGUGUAACACUGACCCCACAUCGCUCACCAAUUCCUACCAAACAUCUGCACAUCUACCGACACCCCAGAAUAUGACGGGUUUGGACCCUCGGUGGCUAAACAGCAGCGUUGCAGAGAUCGUGGGCUCCCUGGAGACUCUUUACUCCGCCACGUUUAACGAUUAUCUGAGUGUGCAGCGUCUGUCCCAAAACAUAAUGGAGCGGGUCUCCAUGAUGUCCAACCUGUCCAGUGCAGACCAGGCCGAAUGGAACAACAUACUUAUCCAACUGCAAAGUCUAUCGUUUGUUCACACGGCGCUGGAGAACGUUGCCCAGGAACAAUCAUUAAGACCUUACGCCCUGGCACUGGAUGACGUCCUGCAGUACAGCCUGCAGUACCAGAACGCACCAGCAAGCCCUGAGAUGGUGGUUCAGGCUCUGGACGUCGCCCUGACCGCCAUGAACAUCAGCAGAGAGCAAAUCAAUCGUUUUCUGUCCAGCGCUAUAUUCACCAGGCCCGACGUCUUCUCCAUGGACGUGCUCAUAAAGGAGGCGAUCGGAAAGGUCAUCGAGAUGAAGCUGCUGGGAGAUUGGCCUGCCGUCUACAAACUUAUGGAUCAGGUGCUCUACGUGGAUAAUUCAAGCCGCAUCCUGGAGGCAGCCAACGAACUGGUCAACUGGUACAACGUUACUCAGGACUCUGGGAUGAAUCUCGCCACCGGGACGCUCUCCAGGCUGUACGGCAUGGUGACGUCAGUACUUCCAUCCGCCAGCCAGUUGGGAUGCCCCGUGCCAUGCAACUCUAACCUCAUCACCAGCCUCGCAAGCAACGCUUUGUCCCUGAUGAAGCUUCUCGGCAACACCACGAGCGUCUUCACACCCUUCCAAGAUUACCUCAGGCCAAUCCAAGCCCAGCUCGACAUGGGACAAAAUCUGAACGAUCUCCUGUCAGCGACCAAAAGCGCCAGAGCGGCACAAAACUCGACGAGAGAGCCAAUCGACGACCUUCUCGACCUCUUUGGCGGAAACUAUCAGGACGUGUUUCAGGCUCUGUCCGGUCCUCUGAGCUCAGAAGAAACCCUGGAGACCAUGCACGUGUUCUUUUCAAAUCCAGACCUCGGGAUCUUCCUGAAAGGCUGGACCAGGGAUAUGACGAAGAACUCGGGCGCAGACGGGACCAUCGGCGAGACUCUCGCUAUGCUGUCCGCCUUGACUCUUCGGAACAACGCCAAUGGUUCCAUGUCUAACAACGACUUUGCGUCCUAUCUGCGUCCGUUUGCGUCGGCCCUGCCUCCUCAGGAAGCGGAAUAUCUCAACAUCUCGGCACAGAUGAUGUCAGCGUUUGCUUCGCUCGCGUCAAAUCCGACGGACGUGAAGAGCGUGAAGAUGUCAGCUCAAGAGAUCGCCAGUUCUCUGAGUCGUAGCCUCGUUGUCUCGAAUGCGCCACCACUUCCGAACGGGCAGUCCCUGGAGGACAUCGCGUACCCUCUCAUCCUGAGCAGUGCCUUCACUUCUGAGGUCCUGUUCAACCUCUCUGCCAGCAACUACACCCUUGGUGGCGGUUUGGACCCAGACGCGGUGUUGACCCAGGCGUUCAAGCAAUAUGCCCCGAUGUUCCCGGCGGGCGCUGAAGGACUUCUCCAUCCUCUCCGGUCUGCGCUCGCUUUUGCGCUUUCGAAUAUGUCGAAUACUGCCGAAAUCAGGCCGGCCUUCUUCCAGAUCUCCCAAAACGUCACCAUGUCCAUGUUAAAGUACCUCAACCUGACCGGAGAACCUGCACCCAUGGGAAUGGGAAUGUCCUCCAAAAACCUAACCGACAUGCUCUUCACUGCUUCAAAUCAGGUCUCCAGGAGUCUCUAUGAGGGCCUGACGAUGGAUCCGUCCUCCAUCCAGGUCCCGUUUGUGCUCAGCUCCCUGGAAAAGGUCAUGUCCUCCCUGAGUGCUGUAUUACCUCCAGAUGCCCAGCGAUACUCCAACGCCUCGUUUGACCUUCUGCAGUUGCUGGUGCUCCCUCUGAACCAAACCAACAACACCAAUAUGAGCAGUGGGAUCAGUCAGCUUUCCAGUUCUGUCCAGAACCUCUUGAACAUGAUUCCUGGUGGAAACAUGAGUUCUGCAGGUGGCGUCGUGAGCGACCUGGAACAGAGUCUGAAGAGACUCCUGGUACUUUCUUCAGGUGGAGCUUCACUGGCACAGGGCACUGACAUGACUCAGGAGAUCCUGCAGACCAUCGAGGACCUCCUCAAACUGGCUAACAGCAGCUCGGAGCUGGACCUGGCGAGGCAGAUCCUGGGGGCUGCUGAGAUGAACGUCAAGCCUCUGCUGACGACGAACGAGAGCAACUGGGUUCAACACUUGCCGCUCAUGCUGACGUACAUGGCGGGAAACCUUCCAGCGGAUCUCCAGUUUGGUUCCUUCAAUUCUUCAAUGAUUGCAAGAAUUGCCAAUGAAACUCAAGAAAAGCCCAACAUCCUGAUGGAUCUGGCGGACACGACCUUCAAACUCCUCUCAACCAACUGGAGCAGCAACAGUUUCGGGGGUCUGCUGCAGAAAAUGCAGACGCAGGUGUGCAGUUUGGAGAACAUGACGUCAGUGCAGCACUUCACUCAGGCUCUUUCCAUCAGUCCGGGUCUGCUGUGUAACACGGCGCUGCCCACCAUCCAGGCUCUCCGUACCAUCGCUGUCAACCUGGGCAACGACAGCGCCAGGCUGACUGACCUGCUCUACCAGGAACUGGUCGGAGACCCCAACACCUACGACCUCCAAGUGGACUGGACCUCCGUCAUCUCGAGCAUCCUGGGUGUGAACAUCAGCGCUCUGACCAAGAUGGACGACAACUUCAGCGCUCCAGGUAAGAUCCUGUUAUCAGCACCGGCACAGGAAGUCCUGAUCAGUCCAGGUGAAAUAAAGAUCUCAGAACUGCUGAAGGACAAAAAGCUGUUCAUGGCCGACGUCACCAAGUACACCAGCUUUCCUCCCGCCGUUCUAGCCGCCAUGCUGGAGAUGCCUCUGCCCAACAGCAACCUGCAGCUCUUGUCCAUGCUGACGAGUCUGCACUACUGCGAUAAUCCGUCCACCCUGCAGCUGGACCAGCUCAAAAUGACCAUCUUCAAGUCCCUGUGCUCGCUGUCCCCACAGGAGUGGUACAACCUGGCUCUGGUACUGGCCCGGCACGCUAACAUGCAGAGCGUGAUGUACAAGAUGUUCCUGUCCAGUGAGAUCCAGAGCCUGGUCCAGGUCCUCAUACAGGUGGUGAAGUUCUUCAUGGAUAUCAUGAAGAAGCUGGCGCCGGCUCUGGACCGGCUGGAGGGGUACCUGACCAAGUUCGGAGACCUGAAGCUGAUGUCCAACCCAGAAUUCAGAAGCCUGGUGAGAGGAAAACGCUCCACCAUGUCCAGCAGAGCCACCUUCGUCACCAUCUCUCGCGCCCUCUGCAGGAACGGCAUGCUGACGCUCUUCGGCAUCUCCAAACUUCCCGACAUGGCUCAGUCCAGCCCGUCCGUACAGGAACAGCAGAAAGUGGAGGAGCUCAUGACCAAGUUCAAGAUCCCUCGAGAUGCCACUCCGUUCUGUACCAACUUCUACCUGGACAUGGUGAGCACCACAGGGGGCGCUGUAGCCUGGGCCUUCCUCAAACCCAUGCUCCUGGGACAGGUCCUGUAUUACCCAGACACCCCGCUGACCAGAGAAAUCGUCCAAAAGUCGAACACGACGCUGCAGCAGUUCGGGGAUCUGCGCCUGUACUCGGAGGAGUGGUUACGUUCAUCCUCCUACCUCAUGCAGUCGGCUCAGCUCCUCAACAAAUCGCUGCCCAUCCUGAAGAACUCCCUGCGCAGUCCGUUCGUCCAGAACUUCAUACAGGAGCAGACCGGCAUUAACGUCACCCAGAUGCAAGGAAUCAUCAACAGUUUCUCGAACAUGACUCAGAUGCUGGAGAAGAACCAGUUCGUGCUGGACCAGAUCACCACGCUUUCCAACCUGAUGAUGAACCUCUCGUCCUGCGUCAACUUCAACCGCUACCGGGGCUACAACUCCACCGAGGAACUGGACAAGCAAGCCGAUAAGCAGGCACAGAACCGCGAGCUCUACGCCAGUCUCAUCUUCAAGCUGCCGGAGGAGUACAACUCGUCCUCCUCCAAACUCCCCCCUAAAGUGGACUACACCAUCCGCAUGCACAUCGACAACGCCAUGCGGACCGACCGCGCCCGGAACCCCUUCUGGGUGAAGGCCACGUACAUCUCUCCCACCAAGACCCAGCGCUACAACAGAGGGUUCAUCUACCUGCAGGAGAGCAUCGAGAGGGCCAUCAUCCAGAUGCAGACCGGAACCGAGGUCCAGGAACCGGCCGUGCAGAUCCAGGCCUUCCCGUACCCCUGCUUCUACAAGGACGAUUACCUGAACAGCAUCACCUUCGCCUUCCCUCUGGUCCUCAUGAUCAGCUGGGUGCUCUUCGUAGCCAACUUCGUGAAGAAGCUCGUCCACGAGCGAGAGCUGCGCCUGCAUGAGUACAUGAAGAUGAUGGGCGUCAAUCCCUUCAGCCAUUUCCUGGCCUGGUUCAUCGAGAGCGCCGUCUUCCUCAUCAUCACCGUCAUACUGCUCACCAUCAUCCUAAAGGAGGGCGGGGUGCUUCCCAAAAGCGACGGCUUCGUGCUCUUCCUCUACCUGAGCGACUACGGCCUGAGCAUCCUGGCCAUCAGCUUCCUGGCCAGCUCCUUCUUCGACAAGACCAACAUCGCCGGGCUGAGCGGCAGCCUGAUCUACGUCAUCUGCUUCUUCCCCUUCAUUGUGGUCAUGUGUCUGGAGGAGAACCUGCCCUUCUACGUCAAGAGUCUGCUGAGUCUGUUCUCUCCAACCUGCUUCAGUUACGCCAGUCAGUACGUGACCCGCUACGAGAAACAGGAGGAAGGUAUCCAGUGGAGCAACAUGUACUCGUCUCCUGUCGCCGGAGACACGGCGUCCUUCGGCUGGCUCUGCUGGCUUCUCCUCAUCGACUCCUUCAUCUACUUCGUACUGGGUGCUUACAUCCGCAUGGUCUUCCCAGGGAAUUAUGGCAUCGCCGCUCCGUGGUACUUUCCUUUCCAGCCGUCGUUCUGGGCGGACAUGUUCGGCUGCUGCAACAGAGGGUCGAAAGACGCCAAACGAGGACUUCUGUUCUCCAACGUCAUGCAGGAGAGCCAAAGAAACGGCAAAGACCAGGGCAAAGGUAAAGAUGAUUUCUUCUCUCACAGCGAGGUGGAGGAUGUCCUAGAUCUUCCGGUUGGCGUCUCGCUGCACGGCCUGACCAAGGUCUACGGCAGCAGGAAGGCCGUCGAUAACCUGAACCUGAAGUUCUACGAGGGUCACGUGACUGCGCUGCUCGGCCACAACGGGGCUGGAAAAACCACCACCAUGUCUCUCCUUACCGGACUGUUCGCCCCGUCGUUCGGUACCAUCAAGGUCUACGGCAAGGACAUGCGGGCGUCCACCGAGGACGUGCGCAAGGAGCUGGGCGUGUGCAUGCAGUACGACGUCCACUUUGACCAUCUGACCACCGAGGAGCAUCUGCUGCUGUACGGCCAGAUCAAAGCCCCCCACUGGAGCAAGCAGGAAUUGCAGCAGGAAGUCCGCAAGAUCCUGGAGGAGACGGGCAUGUACACCCACCGCCACAAGCGUGUGGGCACGCUCUCCGGUGGCAUGAAGAGGAAGCUCUCGAUUUCCAUCGCCUUCAUCGGUGGCUCUCGGCUGGUGGUCCUGGACGAGCCCACCACCGGUGUGGAUCCCUGCUCACGCCGCAGCAUCUGGGACAUCGUUCUGCAGCAGAAGAAUGACCGCACCAUCAUCCUGUCCACCCACCACCUGGAUGAAGCCGAGGUCCUGAGCGACCGCAUCGCUUUCCUGGAGCGCGGAGGCCUGAAAUGCUGCGGAUCUCCCUUCUACCUGAAGGACAAGCUGGCACAGGGCUACAACCUCACCCUCACCAAGAAGGUCCUGCCUCCCGACUCGGACGACAAGUUCGACAUCGAGCAGAUCAGAUCCUUCAUCCACGCCUACCUGCCCGAGGCUCGGCUGAAGGACGGAGAAGUGGGAGACAUCGGGUUCCAUCUUCCUGCCUACAACUCCCAGAAUGCAUCAGCCUACCGCUCACUGCUCGGCAGCCUGGACCAGAACCUGGACAAGCUGCAGCUCGGCUGUUACGGCAUCUCGGACACCACGCUGGAGGAGGUUUUCCUCCAGUUGACGAGGGAUGAUCUGGAGGCUCCAGAGGAGCGACCCAACACCGUACCCGAAGUGAUUCUGAACCCCGCCGCUUCCACAGACAGCCUGAACGACGACGACGACUUCACCUCCGGCGGGUUCUCCGAAGAGAAAACCAGUCUGACCGGGAACUCCACAGUCAGUGGUUUCAAGCUGUUGGUCCAGCAGGUUCUGGCCAUGCUCCUGAAGCGUAUCCAUCACUCCAGGAGAGACUGGAAGGGUCUGAUCUCACAGGUUCUGCUCCCCGUGGUGUUCGUCAUCGCCGCCAUGGGUCUGGGUUCCAUCAAAAGUAACCUGGAGUUCUUCCCUGAGCUGGAGCUCUCGCCCGCGCUCUACAACUCCGGAAAACAAUACGCCUUCUUCAGUAACCAGAAUCCCAACUCCAGUUACCUGGUGGAUGCCAUGAUGUCAUAUCCAGGACUGGACCACUUCUGCAUGGACAAACCCAACAACGACAUCUGUCGGAGGAGAGAGACGACGGUAACAGGCGAUUGGGCCCCGGACCUCAGUCAGGGGUCGUUAAUGACCGGCGAGUGUAACUGCAGCGACUUUUCACAGACGUGCCCGAAGUCUGGCAUCAAACCCUCCUAUAAAACCAACCCCUCGUCCCAGAUCGUCUACAACCUGAGCAAAGUGGACAUCGAGAGAUACCUGCUGACCACCGCCAACGAUUUUGUCCGAGACAGGUACGGAGGCUGGUCCUUCGGGGACCCCCUGCCCAGGGAUCUACAGAUGGACGUUCUGGAGGUGCCCAGUAACAGGACGUUAACCAAGGUCUGGUAUAAUCCAGAAGGGCAUCACACCAUGCCCGCCUACCUCAACAGCCUGAACAACUUCAUCCUGCGCUCCAGACUGCCUGCGGACAAACACCCAGAGAAAUACGCCAUCUCCCUGUCUAGCCAUCCCUACCCCGGUGAGGUGGAAGAAGAGGACGCCAUACUGCGCAACAUGGUGAACGUCCUGGUGGCGCUGUGCAUCCUCACCGGCUUCUCCAUCAUGACCGCCAGCUUCGUGAUUUACGAGGUCCAGGAGCAUCACAGCGGCUCCAAGAGGCUCCAGCACAUCUCGGGGAUCAGCGAGCCCUUCUACUGGAUCGUCAACUUCUUCUACGACAUGGCUCUGUACAUGGUUCCUGUGCUGUGCUCCGUCAUCGUGAUCGCCGCCUUCCAGCUUCCUGCGUUCACUGAGCGGCUGAACCUGGGCGCGGUCACUCUGCUGCUCGUGCUCUUCGGGUUCGCUAGCUUCCCCUGGAUGUACCUGGUGUCCGCCAUGUUCAAGGACCCGGAGAUGGCCUUCAUCAGCUACGUGUGCAUCAACCUCUUCAUCAGCAUGAACACCAUCAUCUCCACCGCCAUCAUCUACUUCCUGGGUCAGGCCAACCAGGACGAUCAGCACAUCCAGUCGGUGUACCACACCAUGAGCCAGGUCUUCCUGAUCUUCCCUCAAUUCUGCUUCGGGAACGGGCUGAUGGAGCUGGCGCGGGUGGACCUGCAGGUCCAGAUCCUGAGCAUGUACGGCGUGGACGCCUACAAGAACCCGUUCAGCAUGGACGUCCUGGGCUGGAUGUUCAUCUCGCUCUUCCUGCAGGGCUCCGUCUGCUUCCUGCUGCGGCUGCUGCUCAACAAGUGGCUGAUACGCAAAUUCUGGCGUCUCGUGUGCCGGACGAAGUCAUCACCUCGGACGGAAGGCUCGUGGGCUCAGGACAUGGACGAGGACGUCAUAGCCGAAUCCCGGCGCGUGGACGGCGGUGGCGCCGGGUCGGACCUGCUGCAGGUCAGCCAGCUCUCCAAGGUCUACCGGCAACUGAACCGCAGGGUGCAGGCCGUCAAGAAGCUGUCCUUCGGGAUACCAGCGGGAGAGUGCUUCGGAUUGCUGGGAGUGAACGGAGCGGGAAAAACCACCACCUUCAAGAUGCUGACCGGAGACAUCAGUCCGACACACGGGUCAGCCCAGCUCAACAGCAGAGACGGGAGGAUCGUGGACAUCAUGGACUGCAGGACUGAGGGUAUAAAUAUCGGCUACUGCCCCCAGGUGGACGCUCUGGACGAGCUGCUGACGGGAGAGGAGCAUCUUUACUUCUACGCCCGGAUCAGAGGCAUCGCUAAGAGGGAGAUCGACCAGGUGGUGAACUACCUGCUGAAGAAACUGGAGCUGAACUACCACAGGAACGUCAUCAGCGAGCGCUACAGCUGCGGAACACGCCGGAAGCUCUCCACCGCGCUCGCUCUGAUCGGACAGCCACAGAUCCUGCUCCUGGACGAGCCGAGCUCUGGGAUGGACCCUCGCUCCAAACGCCACCUCUGGAAGAUCAUCUCGGAGGAGGUGAUGGGAAAAUGUGCCGUGGUUCUGACGUCACACAGUAUGGAGGAGUGUGAGGCUCUGUGCACCCGCCUGGCCAUCAUGGUACAGGGUCAGUUCAGAUGCCUGGGCUCCCUGCAGCACAUCAAGAACAGGUUUGGCAGCGGCUUCACCGUGAAGAUGUACCUGACGUCGCCCUCGUGCAGCGUGGAGGCCAUCAGCAGGUUCAUGGAGCAGCAUUUCCCAAGCACCUGCCUCAAGGAUCAUCACUCGUCCAUGUUGGAGUACCACGUCCCCGUCGCUCCCGGCGGCGUCGCCGACAUCUUCGACCAACUGGAAUCGAACAAAGCCGCGCUGCAGAUCAAACACUUCUCCGUCAGUCAGACCACACUGGAUGAGGUCUUCAUUAAUUUUGCUAUGGGGAAGAUUGAUGGAGAGACACAGGAUGGCAGAGACGUCUGACGCCGAACGCCCGGACACAUCCCGGACACCUCCUCCACCUCCUCCACCUCCUCCACCUCCUCCACAUCCUCCACCUCCUCCACCUCCUCCACAUCCUCCACCUCCUCCACCGUGGAUCCAUGAACCUCUGCCGUCUUGCACGUACCGACACUGAAAUGCUAAACACAAAAUGAAGGGAACGAAUGGAACGUCGUGUUGAAAUGUAAACCGGUGAAGACUUGGUACUGAUGCUGUCAUUUUUAUUCAUUCAUUUUAAUUUAAUUAGUUCCGUUUCUGUUUACGUUUUCCCUGUUUCUGGAAUGAUGAGAUAUAUUAGGCACUCUGUGAGAACGUGAUCUGCUUCUGUGAUUCUGUAUGUUUAUUCUCAGUCCGUCAUGUAUAAAGAACAAAAAAUAAUCGGAAGAAAUCAGGAACCUGUUCUCAUGAAGCCAAAUGUACGACUUUGCCAUGAGGCGUAAUUCUCUGUUACCUGUUUAGUUUUAUUAAAUUAUCUAUGCAAAUCUUGAUUAUGAUAUAAACUAUGAAGAUGAACAAUAAAGUUAGAUUACUGCA